AUGUCCGCCAAGUCGAUUCUCGAGGCCGACGGCAAGGCCAUCCUCAACUACCACCUCACCCGCGCUCCCGUUAUCAAGGCCAGCCCUCUUCCUGCGCCUACCACUCACAACCCUCCCAGCAGACUCGCCUCGCUGCACUUCCCUGAAGAUGCCAACGUUGCCGAUAUCCUGAACCAGGCUGAGGUCACCUACCCUUGGCUCCUCCAGCCCGAUGCCAAGUUCGUCGCCAAGCCCGAUCAGCUCAUCAAGCGACGAGGAAAGAGCGGUCUUCUGGCCCUGAACAAGUCCUGGCCUGAGGCUAAGGCUUGGGUUGCUGAGCGAGCCGGUAAGGAGCAGCAGGUUGAGCACACCACUGGUGUGUUGAGGCAAUUCCUCGUCGAGCCUUUCGUGCCCCAUCCCCAAGACACUGAGUACUACAUCAACAUCAACUCAGUCCGCGAUGGCGACUGGAUCCUCUUCACCCACGAGGGUGGUGUUGAUGUCGGUGAUGUUGACGCCAAGGCUGAGAAGCUCUUGAUCCCCGUCGACCUCGCUGAGUACCCCUCCAACGAGGAGAUUGCUGCCACUCUCCUCAAGAAGGUUCCCCAGGGUGUCCACAACGUCCUCGUUGACUUCAUUACCCGCCUAUAUGCCGUCUACGUCGACUGCCAGUUCACCUACCUCGAGAUCAACCCUCUUGUUGUUAUCCCCAACGAGGACAAGACCUCUGCCGAAGUCCACUUCCUCGAUCUCGCUGCCAAGCUCGACCAGACUGCCGAUUUCGAGUGUGGUGUCAAGUGGGCUAUUGCUCGAUCCCCCGCUGCUCUUGGCCUCACCAACAUUGCUCCUUCCGCCGAUGGCAAGAUCAGCAUCGAUGCUGGUCCUCCUAUGGAGUUCCCUGCUCCCUUCGGCCGUGAGCUGACCAAGGAGGAGGCCUACAUCGCCGACCUCGAUGCUAAGACCGGUGCUUCCCUGAAGCUUACUGUCCUUAACGCCAAGGGCCGCAUCUGGACACUGGUUGCUGGUGGUGGUGCUUCCGUUGUCUACGCCGAUGCCAUUGCCUCUGCUGGUUUCGCCGACGAGCUCGCCAACUACGGUGAGUACUCUGGUGCUCCCACCGAGUCUCAGACUUACCACUACGCCCGAACUGUGCUUGACCUUCUCCUCCGCGCUCCCAAGACCGAAGAGGGCAAGGUUCUCUUCAUUGGUGGUGGUAUCGCCAACUUCACCAACGUCGCCAGCACCUUCAAGGGUGUCAUCCGAGCGCUGCGAGACUUUGCUCCUAAGCUGAUCGAGCACAAGACCGCCAUCUGGGUGCGACGUGCCGGUCCCAACUACCAGGAGGGUCUCAAGAACAUGAAGGCUGCUACCCAGGAGCUCGGCCUUGAUGCCAAGAUCUUUGGCCCUGAGAUGCACGUCUCCGGUAUUGUGCCCUUGGCUCUGGUCCCCGGCAAGUGGGAGGAGAGCAAGGCGCAGGAGUUCCAAGCUUAA